CUAUCAGAUCCGCCGAGCCCUGCAGACCAGGAGAGGAGGAAACGCCUGAUGGAUCCGGCCAGGAGGUUUUUCAGGGACUGGAACGUGGCUCACACCCCUUAAUGGGAAUUGUCCUGCCCCUUGCAGACACUGUCUGGUGUGGGGCAGAUGGAUGCAGUGCGCUAUGAGAACGUGGCGCUGGGUGCAAGAGGGCAGGGGAGGCCACUGCCUGCAGAGGGGCCCAUCAGUGCUGCUGUGUCAGAGGACGAGGAGGAGUAUGAGCACCCGGACAGUGAGGAUGAACCAGCAGCCGAGGAUUGUGAUGGCUAUGAAAACACCAACGGGGACAUGAAACUGUGCAUGGGGGACAAGGGGUCCAGCGACGGUGCCUGCUACGAGAACAGUCUGGAGGAGAACAGAGCAGGAGGCAACUGGGCUUCAGAUGCUUCCCACUCCACGAAUGCUCGCCAGGGCCCUGGGACCGAAGACCAGGUCUCUGAAGGCAGCGAGUGUUACGAGAACACGGAGGAGGACAGUGCCCUGCUGAGCCCUGGAGCUGUGCGGCUCGUAACAGACCUGCGGAUGUUGCUACUGCUGGGUGCCUGUGAGGAGCCGGAGCGGGAUCGGCAGGAUGGACACAGCGAGGACUCUGCUGGCUCCCAGGCCUAUGAGGAGAUGGCCGAGGCUCUGUAUGCAGCCCCCGCCAGGCAUCUCCGCCUCCGGGACCGCAGCCAGGAGGAAGACGCAGAUUCCUAUGAGAACAUGGAGGGCGGGCCGGGCUGCGUCCUGCCCCCCCGGGAGGGGAGCAUGGAGCUGCAUGGAGACGCUGCUGGGCUGAGGGCCCCAGGGCCCGUUGGAGCUGAACCCGCCAGGCGGGCGGUGCCCCGGAGCCUGACUCGGGACUAGGACACGCCGCCCCUGGGCCAAGACAGGCAGCAAGUGUAUCUGAGUCCAUGAGCACAGGGCUCUCGGGGAGGGCCCCGCGUCCCCAUGGCUCUGCUUCCUAUCCCGGCCCCACAUCCUGGGCCCCAUUGCUGGGGACGGCCCCAAGGCUGCGAGGGGCCAGUGGGCUCCAGACGCUGUUCCCAUGGCUCUGCAAUGGCCAGCUGCUAACACCGUGCCCUCAGGUGCCUCUGGCCUGCUCCCACCCUGGGCUCGGCUGCCCCACAAGGACAGCUCCAUCCAGCUGGGCUGGACCGCAGUCUCUCGGCGUCUGACAUGUGCAUGUCCAAGCUGGGGACAGGGCCCCCCCAGUGCCUGUAUCCUCCCCUGAAUGACAUGCUGGGGACAGGGCCCCCCCCCAGUGCCUGUACCCCCCCAAUGACAUGCUGGGAACAGGCCCCUGCCCCCUCCCAGUGUCUGUAGCCGCUCCGCCAAUGACAUAGUGGGGACAGGACCCCCCCAGUGUCUGUACCCGCUCCUCUGAUGACAUGCUGGGGACAGGGCCUCUCAGUGUCUGUACCCCCCAUGACACACUGGGGACAGGGACCCUCAGUAUCUGUACCCGCCCCCCUGAUGACAUGCUGGAGACAGGGUCGGCACCAGCACCAGUACACAACCUCCCUAGCAGCAAUCUCUCCCCCACACAUCUCCACUGUCCCUUGGCCUGAAGUGUCCGAAGAGCAGGGGCCACAGCAGGCAACCCCUGCCCACCCCAGUGUGCCUCCAUCCACAAUAAAUCCUAUUAUCCUUGG